AUGGAAAUACGACUGGGACUCAGGAUCACCCUGGUCUUAAUCGUCCUGGCUUUGACCCUGUCCAGUGAGACGGUACAUGCACAGAGGGCAGGUUGUAAAAAUGUUCACUACGACUUGGCGUUUAUCCUGGACACCUCAUCCAGUGUGGGAAAGGAGAACUUUGAAAAGAUCCGGCAAUGGGUGUCCAACCUGGUGGAUUCUUUUGACGUUGGACCAGAUAAAACCCGGGUGGCUGUAGUACGUUACAGUGACAGGCCAACCAUAGAGUUUAACCUGGGCAGGUACAGGAGCCUGGAGGAUGUGAAGAGGGCCGCUCGGAACAUACGCUACCUAGGGGGGAAUACAAUGACGGGGGACGCGAUCAGCUACACUACAAAUAACAUUUUCACGGAGCGGAACGGAGCAAGACCCAGAGCCCGUGGAAUCCAGAGAGUGGCCAUCCUUCUCACAGACGGUAGGAGCCAGGAUUAUGUUCUGGAGCCCUCCAAGGCUGCGACUGCGGCUGGGAUCCGGAUGUUCGCCGUGGGCAUUGGAGAAGCGCUUAAAGAGGAGCUGGAGGAGAUCGCAGCCGAGCCCAAAAAUGCCCACGUCUUCCAUGUGACCGACUUCAAUGCCAUUGACAAGAUUAGGGGCAGGCUGAGGAAGAGACUAUGUGAAAACGUACUGUGUCCAAACAUGAAAGUACAACAACCUGAUCGCUUCAAGCCCAACAGCACCAGUUACGGUCUGGACGAGGUUCCAGGGUUCGACCUGAUGGAAUACUUCAAUGUGAGGGAUAUUCUGGGGACCAGAGACGAGGAAGGCCAGAGUUCCUAUGUUCGCCUUGGUACGAUGCCCAUAGUGCAGCAGACAGAAGAUGUGUUUGCUCAGGGCCUGCCAGAUGAAUAUGCAUUUGUGACGACAUUCAAAUUUAGGAAAACCUCAAGACGUGAAGACUGGUACCUGUGGCAAGUCUAUGACAAAUAUGGAAUCCCACAGGUGUCGAUCAGGCUGGACGGAGAGAAUAAGGCAGUGGAAUACAAUGCUGCCGGAGUGACAAAGGAUGCAGUCCGAGCCGUGUUCAAGAACCCAGAAGUGGAAAACCUGUUUGACCGCAACUGGCACAAGAUUGCCAUCAGUGUGGAGGCCAAGACUGUGUCCCUCUACCUGGACUGCAAGCACAUUGACACACUGCCUCUAGAGGAGAGAGAGGACAUAGACAUUCAAGGAAAGACUGUCAUAGGAAAGAGAUUGUAUGACAGUGUACCAAUCGAUUUCGAUCUUCAGAGGAUGAUGAUUUACUGCGAUGCCAAACAUGCUGAGCUGGAGACCUGCUGUGAUCUACCCACUGGGCCGUGUCCCAAAAAGGUAGUGACAGAAGCUCCUCCAGUAGAGAUCUCAACUCCAACGCCGACCAGCGCAGAGCAACAGAAAGGUCCUGAAGUCAACUGCUCGUGCCCUGCUGGAGACAAGGGAGAGAUUGGAGAACCUGGUGUGGCAGGUCCCAAGGGUGAAAAGGGUGACACAGGUGCUACAGGUGCUACUGGACCAUCUGGCCUCAAAGGAGAAAAAGGAGAAACUGGCAAAGUCAUCUCUGUCAAAGGUGACAGAGGGGAGAAGGGUGACAGAGGCAGUAUAGGAUUAACAGGUGCUGCUGGACCAAAAGGAGAGAAGGGGCUAGGAGGAGUGCCUGGUAUCGAUGGCUUACCUGGGGACAAAGGAGACAAAGGUGAAGCAGGCUCACCAGGAAGUAAGGGGGUGCAAGGUCCAACUGGCCCAAAGGGAAUUCAAGGUGAUGCUGGAAUUCCUGGUGCACCAGGACUGAGAGGUGUAACUGGUGAAACUGGCAACAAAGGUGAAAAAGGUGUACCAGGUGCCCCAGGCCUAGCUGGUAUUGAUGGACUACCUGGGAAAAAUGGUGUUCCUGGAAAAGAUGGGUUGAGAGGAUUGGGUGGUACUCCUGGUCCAAGUGGAAUCAAAGGAGACAAGGGGGACAGAGGGCUUCCCGGAAUACCUGGAGAUGUAGUUCAGAAGGCAGGCAUAAGAGGAGAAAAGGGAGACGCAGGGCCCCCAGGGCCCCCUGGGGCUGACGGACCCCCUGGGCCUCCUGGUCCUCCCGGUGAACAAGGCAUACCUGGAGCGCCUGGUGAAUUCGGCCAGAGGGGAAAGAAAGGAGAAAAUGGGUUGCCUGGAGUGGAUGGCCUUCCUGGACCUGUUGGCCCACAAGGUCCACCCGGGGCCCCAGGAAACCCUGGACUCACUGGACCUCCUGGCCUACCUGGUGAAAUUGGGUUCUCCGGCAAACCUGGAGAGAUGGGCAAGCCUGGCCUUCCUGGUAAAGAUGGUCUGGAUGGGCUUCCUGGAACUGAUGGUGCUCCGGGCCCCAGGGGAGAGCGUGGAACUGACGGAGGAGACGGAAAACCCGGGCCAAAGGGUGAUGAUGGGCCUCCGGGACCAAGAGGGCCCCCUGGGGAGAGAGGAGAAGCUGGUUUACCUGGACAGAGAGGGGCUGAUGGAUCAAGAGGAGAGAGAGGUGUUCCUGGAGAGAGGGGCGUGGACGGACACAUUGGGCCAAAGGGAGAAAAAGGAGAUAAGGGUGAAGUGGGGCCUCGGGGACUACCAGGAGCGCCAGGAAAUGUUGCAAGUGUCAUCCCUGAACCCGGUGAACCAGGAAAACCUGGAGAGAAAGGAGAAAAGGGGGAUCAAGGAAAACCAGGAGAGAUUGGCCAGAGGGGGUUACCUGGAGAACAAGGCUUUAAGGGUGCGCCUGGACUGCCAGGCCCUAAAGGUGACACUGGACUUCAAGGUGAACCAGGAAGAGUUGGGGACCCUGGUCCUCCUGGCAUUGCUGGGGCACAAGGUGCUCGGGGUCUGCCGGGAAAUGUGGGCUUACCUGGCGUCAUUGGACCACCUGGCCCGGCUGGAGUCAGAGGAGACAAGGGUGACCCAGGUAAACCAGGGUCAAUAGGCCUCAUCGGUCCACCUGGAGAGCCUGGUUCUAUUGGACCCCCUGGACCUGCAGGGAAAGGAAAGGAUGGGCAAAAUGGAGAACCAGGGCCUCAAGGAAUUCAGGGACCUCCAGGACUGAAGGGAUCACCAGGCCCAAGGGGAGACCCCGGACCACAGGGAGAAAGAGGCCAGUCUGGAGAAGGCAAGAUUGGACCACCGGGACCUCCUGGAAAGAACGGAGACCCGGGGCCUGCGGGACUGAGAGGACCACCAGGAGUCGCAGGUCCCCAAGGCCCAGCUGGACAUAAUGGUUUACCUGGAAGGCCGGGAGAGAAGGGAUCCCCUGGAGAGCCUGGUAAAGUUGCUGACCUGCCUGAUCUCAAGGACAUAUGCUCCGAUUGCCCUGCAGGCCCCCCUGGUCCUCCUGGUAUGCCUGGACUCCCUGGAGACAAAGGACAUACAGGGCCCCCAGGCAAAAGUGGACAAGAUGGCUUCCAGGGCCCACCCGGACCAGCCGGACCUCAGGGACCUCCUGGAGCUGAUGGCACAAAGGGAAUCAAAGGAGACCGAGGCCCUGCUGGUGCUCCAGGAGACAAAGGAGACAAGGGUCACCCAGGUCCCCCUGGUCACCCCGGCCCACCUGGAAUAAUGGGAGCCGCUGGUAACGAUGGACAGCCUGGCCCUCCUGGUCCCCCAGGGCCCCCUGGAGAAAAGGGCAAAGAGGGUCUCAAAGGAAUCCAGGGACCACCAGGCCUUCCGGGAUUAAUGGGUGAGCCAGGAAAAAUAGGAAAAGAUGGACGGCCUGGUGAACAGGGAGAGCCGGGCAAACAAGGCGAGCCUGGACCACCCGGACCAUCGGGGCUCAGGGGACUUCCCGGAUUCAAAGGUCAUAGAGGGGAACCUGGACUUCCAGGGCAAAAGGGUGAAGAUGGAAAGCCUGGGGCACCGGGCCGUGAAGGCAAACCUGGCAAAGAGGGUCCUAAGGGGCCUCCUGGACUUGAGGGCAUGAUGGGACCACGAGGAGAGUCGGGCAAACCCGGAGAACCAGGACCAUCAGGGAAAGCCGGCCUCCCUGGAACGCCUGGGCUGAUGGGUAACAAGGGAGAGCCAGGCAGCCCCGGAUUACCCGGCUUUAGUGGGCCCAAAGGCCCUGCGGGGCCUCCUGGUCCUGUCGGUCCAGAGGGUAAACAGGGAAUGCCAGGCCGAGUUGGAGAUCGAGGAAUAAAGGGGGAUAAGGGUGACCCAGGCACAAAGGGAGACAAAGGACACUCAGGAGAUCCAGGAAUCCCAGGAAACCCUGGCCCCCCAGGCCGGAAGGGACACACAGGCAUGAUGGGAAUGACCGGACCACAGGGUGAAAUGGGACCACCGGGACCUCAGGGACCCUCUGGAAACCCAGGUCAACCUGGACCAAGAGGAGAGUCAGUGUCACUGGAGCAAAUGAGACGGCUCAUCCAGGAGGAGCUGGCCAAACAACUUGAUGCCAAACUGGCCUACCUCAUGGCUCAGAUGCAGCCUGCUCAUGUGAAGACCACUGCAGGGCGGCCUGGACCUCCAGGGCCUCCUGGUAAAGACGGUAGUACAGGAAGGCCAGGCCCUCCUGGAGAGCCUGGAAUGCCUGGGCAGAGUGGAGGAGAAGGACCUAGAGGACCCAUGGGCCCUCCAGGUGAAAAAGGAUCACGAGGAGAGAAGGGAGAGGCUGGUGUUGGUGAGAGAGGAGAACCUGGACCUGUUGGUCCCAUAGGUCCUGCUGGUUUACCUGGUUAUGGUAAAGACGGAAGCCCAGGACAAGCUGGAGCACAGGGAGAGCCAGGAAACCCUGGGCCACAUGGGCAGCCGGGCCCCCCUGGGCCCCCGGGUCAGUGUGACCCCUCACAGUGCGCUUACUAUGCCAGUCUGGCACAGAGACCCCACACCAAGAAUGUCAAAGGAACUUAGACUGAUGGACUCACAGCCUGAUGUCCAGCUAUAUUUAUGAACUGGCUCCAUAUCAGUCCAGAACUUUCUCUUUUUGGGAUGACCUCAUUGUGGAGGCUGAGGCGACUGUGCUGCUGGCGGAUUCUUUUAUAUUGUUUGAUAAAGGAACAAAGCUUUGGA